AUGUUUGAACCCUCCAAAUCUUCCAGCGCAGAGGCCAAUACGGACCCCCCGCCAUUCCGUGAAUCCCGUCAAGAUAAGAAAUCGGUGCUUGCUUCUAUCAGCGACAUCAAGUCACCGGGUGCAGCUCGCAUUAAGGCCUUGUACUCCUCCCUUACGGUUGUUGAACGAAUCGCUAUCUUCUCCAGCAUCUUCGUUGUUGGUUUUUCUUAUGGCCUCGACAACCUGCUGCGAAGCACAUACGAACCCUAUGCCACUUCCUCCUUUGGCGAGCAUUCCCUCCUAUCGACCAUCAAUGUUAUCCUCUCCGUUGUCGCCGCUGCUUCUCAGCCGACCGCGGCCAAGAUCGCCGACAUCUUCGGUCGAGUCGAGCUGGUUGCUUUUUCCGCCUUCCUCUACGUGAUUGGUACUAUCGUCGAGGCCGUCGCGAAGAACAUAUCCACCUAUGCCGGUGGUAGCGUCAUAUUCAAGAUCGGCCAGAGCAUGAUUAAGGCUCUUAACUCGGUCAUCGUUUCCGAUAUCACUUCGACUCGCUCGCGCCUUUUCUUCAGCUACACUCCUAUCGCGCCGGCUCUUAUUACCACGUGGGUUAGCGGCAACGUCGCCAAUGCCGUUCUUUCUGUUACCGACUGGCAUUGGGGCAUUGGGAUGUGGUGCAUCAUUUAUCCCGUUUCUGUGCUUCCUCUCAUCAUUAGCCUCUGGGCCGUCACCCGGCGAGUCAAAAAGCAGGGCUCCUUGGAGAGAUCUAGCACCCCCCUUCAGGUUCUGGGCCCUAAAGGCUUUAUAGUCGAACUCUUUUGGAUGCUCGAUAUCAUCGGCAUCAUCCUCCUUGUCGCCAUCUUGGCCCUUUUUCUUGCGCCUCUCACUAUCGCCGGGGGCACCCAGUCCCAAUGGAAGAGCGCCCAUAUUAUUACUCCUCUCGUUCUUAGCGCUUUUUGCAUUCCUAUCUUUAUCUACUGGGAAUCCAGGGCCCCUUGUCCUUUUAUCCCCAUGGAUCUUAUGAAAGAUCGAGCCGUCUGGGCUCCGCUGGGCAUUGCCUUGUUCCAGAAUAUUGGGUACCAUCUGCAGGCCAAUUACCUUUAUACGAUCCUCGUCGUCGGCUUCGACUUUGGUAUCACCGCCGCGACCCGUAUCUCCUCUCUUUUUACGUUCGUCCAGGUUUUAGUCGGGCCCAUCUUCGGCUUGAUCGUCUUCCGGGUCCGGCGGCUCAAGAUUUUUAUCAUCUGCGGGGCUGCCACUUACAUGGUCGCUUUCGGCCUACUGAUUCGAUUCCGCGGGUCCUUUACUGGUAACGGCAAGGUUGGCGUCGUUGCAGGCCAGGUGCUCCUAGGUUUUGGUGGCGCACUAUUUUCAUGGCCAGCCCAGGCGUCGAUGCAAGCCCACGUCAAGCACGAACACCUGGCCGUCAUGACAGGCACGUUCCUGGCUUCGUACAAUGUCGGGUCUGCCAUUGGAAACACAAUCUCGGGAGCGUUCUGGACCCAGCUACUACCAUCCUCGCUCCAUGACGAACUCGGCGGUAUUAACUCCACUCUGGCCACUUCCGCGUACAAGGAUCCAUUUACCGCGAUCGUCGAAUGGCCUAUGGGCACCCCUGAACGCGCUGCUAUCGUUCGCUCCUACCAGUACAUCCAACGCCUUAUCACAAUCACCGGUAUCUGUUUUUGCGUGCCAAUCUUGGCGCUUGCCCUUGCCGUGCGCAACCCCAAACUUAAUGACGAACAAACUCUAGUCAGCGAUAAUGAUCUUCCCUACCGAGGGGGCUGUCACAACCCUCAGCAGCAGGAAACUGAUUGA